AUGCGCGUGAUCUAUUGGGCCGCCGUCACGGCACUCGGUUUUGCUACUUCAUCACUAGCCGCCGCUGUUGAUCGCAGGGCUAACUACGGUUAUGAUGACGAGCCUGUCAUUAGCACCCGCAAGCCUGGGGGGAAGGGAGGACGCCCCACCGUUACCGUUAUUAAAUACGUAACCGGUGGUAAACUAGGUUAUUCUACCAAGACCGGCGCUAAGACCGACACCGUUUACAUUAUCACCACUUCCAGGAAGGGGGGGAAGCCAGCUGCCACCGUCACUGAAAUCGAAGAAGAUGAGGAUGGCGACACUGUUACUGUCACCAAUACUAAGACGAAGAACCCCAAACCUACCGUCUAUAUCACUACAUACGUAACUGGUGGUAAACUGGGUCCUUCUACCAAGUCCGGCGCUAAGACCGUCACCGUUUUCAUUGUCACUACCACCAAGAAGGUGAAGCCAACUGCCACCGUCACUGAAACCGAAGAAGAACCAGAGGAACCAGAAGAAGAAGUAGAUGAAGAUGGCGAGACUGUUACCGUCACCAAUACCAAGACGAAGCCAAAAGUUACCGUCACUGCCACUACGUUCGUAACCGGUGGUAGCCUUGGUCUUUCUACCAAGACUGGCGCUAAGACCGAUACCGUUUUCGUUGUCACCACUAGCAAGUCGAGGCAAACCGCCACCGUCACUAAAACCGAAGAACCAGAAGAUGACGAAGAUGACGCGACCGUUACCGUCACCAAUACCAAGACGAAUCCAAAAGUUACCGUUACUGCCACUACAUACGUAACUGGUGGUAGCCUUGGUCUUUCUACCGCGACCGGCGGUAAGACCGAUACCGUUUUCAUUGUCACCACUAGCGACGCUCCAAGGCCUUCAUCAAAACCUGAUACUUCAUGCGGCAAUGCCGGACUGGAGGUUGCAAUCUUCAACAAUCCGUUCCUCAAUCAGCAAGAAGUACCCAACAAAGGAUUUAAUGUGAAUUAUUUCACAAGCGCGAUACCAUACGACGAUACAGCGGCAGACUAUAUUGGCUGGAAUGGAGCCCUCAGCGCUACAAAAUACUCACAUUUGUAUACAAAAAAUCCACCACAUGGCUUCACUGCAAAACAGACACAUAUGGAUGGUCCGACAUUCGCAUUGAUAUACCGCGGUUACUUUUAUGCGCCGAGAACUCAAGAAUAUACCUUUUUCACGUACGAUGUCGAUGAUAAAUUUUAUUAUUGGCUAGGCGAUAAUGCAUUCGACUGGAGCGAGGCAAACCAUAACUAUAGGAACAACCGCGUUAAUGUCCGUAUCGAAGGCGGAACAUAUUACCCUAUUAGAAUCCUUUAUGGCAACGGUGGCGGUGGAGGAGAAUUCCAUCUCGAUAUUACUGGCGCUGACGGAGUUGACUAUGUAAAAGCCACAAGGCCUUCAGAUUAUCUGAUUUCGCGCUCGUGUGAUGGAAAAGCCAAACGUUUUCCAUCGUGGGAUACCUCUGAAUAUGGUAGCGGCGUCACCGGGGCAAAACGCCCAGACAUCAGUUGCGGCAACGUCGCGGGUAUGCUCUUCGUAGCCUUUGAGAAUAUUUGGCCCAACCAGCACAGCAACAACCGUAUUCCCGGAUUCAAUCCCAACUAUUAUAAAACGUGCAAGAAAGCUUUUGCGCAAGGAACCACGAGGAUGAUCGGGAUGAAGGGUACCAGUGGUCUGAACCCGUAUGGGUUGUGGGCUCCGCAGAACGUACCAUCCGUUCCACUUAUGGUCAUGCACAGAGGAUUCUUUUACGUGCCAAGGGACGGCCACUACACUUUCCACAUUGCUGGGAUCAAAGACGGCGGCUGGAUGUGGUUUGGGCAGAAAGCAUAUACAGCAUGGACUGCUUCAAACUACGACUGUCGGUAUCUACUAAAAACAGGCAUAGGUGGAUACAAUGAAGACGCACACACUGUGCAUUUAACUGCCGGAACAUACUUCCCAUUCAGAAUCAUGAUUGCUGAUGGUGGUGAAGGUGGAACAUUUAACUUGGAAAUUUUCGACAAUAAGGGUAACUUUUAUCUCCAGAAGUUUGUUCCAGGUGAUUUCUUGGUGCAUACACCCUGUGACAAGUCCGCUGCGUUCACAAGGGACUGGGGCAAUGAAAGUUAA